UUUCUUCCUUCAUUCUUCGGUCAACGAGUCACCAAAACAAAACCAGCAACUUUUCUCCCUCCUUUCCCCUCUCUCUCACAUACACAUAGCAAUCUGGUUGUGUUCUUUCCUAGCCUCUUGAGGUUUCCCCACACCCCCAUUUAUUGUUCUUCACCUUUGUUGUUGAGAAUAUGGUGCUUCCUUUAAUGCUCCGCCAUUAAAGCUCUCGUAUCACACACAGACACAGAUUUUGAAGAAAUAUCCUACACCCAUUUCUACAUCUAUCAUAUACACAACAGAACGCGCCUCUUGUAAAUUGCAUUUAAUUAAUUCAAACAAAGGGUUUGUUUUUUGCACCCGAAUUUCACACAGACUCGGCGCACAGAGGAGUUAUGGGUAUUAUGAUUUGCACGGACAUCGCCAUCACAUCAAUCGUCAUAUAGUUAUGGGCGUAUGAUGAACGGCCCUUGUUUUCAGCGUUUCCAAUUAUAGCAGUGUCAUUCUUUCUGUACAGGAAACAGUGUCACUUCGCACAGGGAUUAAGAUUUCAAGUUUUGAACGAGUUAUUAUGUCUGGUUCGACACUUGAAAUGGAUUAAAGGUCAUUUCUGUUUCGGGUAAUCAUGGAAGCUAUGCUCAAGGUAUUAUUCCAUUUCUUUUUCAUCUUCCUGUUGCUGGUUAACUCGGUGUUGACCCAGUCGACGGUGCGGCGACUGAGUUCCGGUGUAGAACGAACGGCGCUGUUCGAUCUUCGAGCUUCCUUAGGAAUAAAAGCCAGAUUCUGGCCGAGGAAGUUAGACCCAUGUACCAACUGGACAGGGGUGGAGUGCAGCAACGGCAGGGUCACCGGAAUAAAUUUGUCCGGUUUGCGACGAACUCGUGUUGGAAGUCUUUCCCCUUCUUUUUCUAUCGAUUCCUUGGUUCGAUGUACCCAAUUGGGUACCUUUAAUUCUUCAGGAUUUGUUCUUCCAGGGCAAAUCCCUGAUUGGUUAGGACAAAAUCUUAGUGCACUCCAGGUGCUCGACCUUACGUCUAGCUUAGUCUUCGGUCCAAUUCCUUCGUCAAUUGGUUCUCUAAAUCAACUCAAUCGUCUUCUUCUUGCCAAUAAUUCCCUUACUGGGAUUAUCCCAGAUUCUCUGAGGCAGCUUUCUUCACUAUCGACUCUAAAUUUGUCGCUCAAUAUGUUGACAGGAUCCAUACCCUCUUCAUUUUCAGCUCUCGCGAACCUCGCAGCUCUUGAUUUAUCUUCAAAUUUCUUAUCUGGCCCGAUCCCUAUGAACUUUGGUUCAUUUUCUAGUCUUCAAUCCUUAAAUCUUUCCAACAAUAGUCUUGCUUCUUCUCUCCCUAUACAGCUUGGAAACCUUUCUCAGUUAGUUGACCUUGAUCUUGGAUUCAAUUCAUUCUCUGGAUCAUUUCCAAAUGAACUAGGUCGUUUAACCAAUUUGAGGAGAUUAUCUGUUAAAAACAACAAUUUGGGUGGAAAUCUUUCUUCCAACUUCACACCAAAUAUCAUCCUUCUUGAUGUAUCAAGCAACAACUUCACUGGCAAUCUCCCAGACCUCUCAGCAUUUCCAAACACUUCUGGUGUCACCUUAAACUUCUCAAACAAUCAAUUCUACGGAAUCCUGAAUUCCAGUGUCUCUAAUCUGGAUUCCAUCGAUCUAUCCAACAACUAUCUCCAGGGUUUAAAUGUCAAUCUUGAAAACACAACUUCCAUAUCAAGAAACUGCUUCAUUCGAAUCCCAAACCAAAGAAGCUUAGAUGAUUGUAGAACAUUCUAUCUUCUAAGAAAUCUACCUUUCAAUGGUGAUUCCAAUUCCAAUCCCAUAACUCCAUUGCAACCUCAACUCCCUAGAAAGAGCAACAACAACAACCGUUUGAAAUACGUUAUGGCUGGAGUUUUUGGUGGACUUGGUAUCUUUAUAAUCAUAGUUAUGAUACUAUUUUUAGUAUUUAAACCAUGUAAUAAAAGAUCAGUAAGCCAAAGAAGUGCAAAUGUAGAACCUGUUCAAGAAGAAGGAAACGAAAAGGGUCAAACCAUUUCAGUCAACUUAAUGUUUGACUCAUUUUCAUAUGAGCAAAUUUCACAAGCCACAAGUGGUUUCAGUGAUUCAAAUCUCAUGAAACAUGGACACACUGGAGACAUCUUUAAAGGGAAAUUAGAAGAUGGAGUUUCUAUUGUUGUGAAAAGAGUCGAUAUGCGUGUGUCAAGAAAAGAUUGUUACAUGUCUGAAUUGGAGUUGUUUAGUAAAGGAAUGCACACAAGAUUGGUCCCACUUUUGGGACAUUGUUUGGAACAUGAAACUGAGAAGCUUCUUGUUUAUAAAUUCAUGCCAAAUGGGGAUCUUUCAAAUUCUUUGUAUAGGUCUACUAGUUUGGAAGAUUCUGGUUUACAAUCUUUAGAUUGGAUCACAAGAUUAAAAAUUGCUAUUGGAGCUGCUGAAGGGUUAUCUUAUCUACAUCAUGAAUGCAAUCCUCCCAUUGUUCAUAGAGAUAUUCAAGCAAGCAGUAUUUUACUUGAUGAUAAAUACGAUGUACGUCUUGGAAGCUUGAGUGAAGUUUGUGUUCAAGGAGUUGAAGAAAAUCAAAAUGUUAUCUCAAGGCUUUUGCGGAUUUCAUCGAACUCUGAACCAACUCCUUCUGGGUCAUCAUCACCUCCAAUUUGUGCAUACGAUGUGUAUUGUUUUGGAAAGGUGUUACUGGAGCUUGUAACGGGCAAAAUUGGAAUAAAUAAUUAUGAAUGGGUGGAGCAAACAUUAUCUUUCAUCAACAACUAUGACAAAGAACUUGUAUCCAAGAUUGUUGACCAAUCUUUAGUGAUAGAUGAAGACUUAAUGGAAGAAGUGUGGGCUGUAGCCAUAGUAGCAAAAUCUUGUCUAAAUCCAAAGGCAUCAAAAAGGCCUCAAAUGACUCAUAUUUUAAAAGCAUUGGAAAACCCUUUUAGGGUUGUGAGGGAAGAAGACUUUAGUUCGGGGAGAUUAAGGAAUAAUUCUUCUAGAAGGUCUUGGAGUGCUGCUUUGUUUGGUAGUUGGAGGCAAAGCUUUUCAGGGAGUGUUCAUAGUCAAAGUCAAAAGAGCAGAGAGGGUGUUAGUGGUCAAAGGAGAGAGAAUUCUCAAGGGAGUGGUGCAAAUGAUAAAAGAUUGUCAAGUGAGAUUUUCCCUGAACCAGUAGACAUCAAUGAUGUGGAAAGACAAGAUGAAACUCGAUAAAUUAUGAGCAAUUUUUUUUAUGGUUAUGAGAUUUUGUGGUUUGAAAAGCAUGUAUUUAUUGUUGUUGUGCUUGUGAUAGAUCUAGAUCCAUUGAAGUUGAAAUGUAAAUUGCUAAAGUGUGAAGCUUUGUGACAAAAUCAAAUUGUGUUAGAAAGUUUGAUUUGACACAAAAUCCAAGUCAGAUGUAUUUAGGGGCUAAGUGCUAGAAAUAAGAGUACAUAUGAAGUAAAUGAAAGGGCUAAAUGCAAGAAAUGAUAAUGUACUUUCUUU